AGCCGAAGAAGCGCUGACAAAAACACUGCCAGAUCUGUGUCUACUUCUCCAACUUUCUCCUAUUUUUCUUCAAUAUAAACCAUCUAACCACUGUUUUACUUCUUGGAGGAAAAUGCUCGCUCACAGAUUCGCAAAGGCGUGUUUAUCUGGCCUCAGGAAUGUCACAGUUCAAACCAGGAUAUUCCCAGCCGUGUCUGUGAGAUGUCAGCACAAUCGGGCCGAAGACUCCUCCUCCCCUCCCCCCUCGUCCCGGUUGGAAAACGGUUCGGCUAAGACCCUCCUGGACAUUGGGACUCGCCGCAUCUUUAACGAAGACCACGACCUGUUCAGACAAAAUGUCAGACGCUUCUUCGCCGAGGAGGUGGUCCCACAUCACAGCAAGUGGGAGAAGGAUGGUCAGGUGAGCAGAGAGUUGUGGGAGAAAGCCGGAGAGCAAGGCCUGCUGGGACUGCUCAUACCCGAAGAACACGGCGGUAUCGGAGGAGACGUCUACUACGCGGAUAUCAUGUGGGAAGAACAGAUGUACUCCAACUGCACUGGGCCAGGCUUCAGUUUACACUCAGACAUCGUGAUGCCGUACAUCUCCAAAUACGGAUCGAAAGAGCAGAUCCAGCGCUAUAUCCCCGAGAUGACGGCCGGGAGGUGCAUCGCCGCCAUCGCCAUGACAGAGCCGGGCGCGGGCAGUGAUUUACAAGGAGUCCGGACCAACGCCAGGAAAGACGGGAGUGACUGGAUCCUAAAUGGAAACAAGGUGUUCAUCACAAACGGUUGGAUGGCGAACCUGGUGGUGGUGGUGGCGGUGACGAAUCGCGAGGCCAAGUCCCCCGCCCACGGCAUCAGUCUGUUCCUGGUGGAGGACGGCACCAAGGGCUUCAACAAGGGACGCAAGCUGGAGAAGAUCGGUCUGAAGGCACAGGACACUGCGGAACUGUUCUUUGAGGAUGUGCGUCUGCCCGCUGACGCUCUCCUGGGACAGGUCAACAAGGGCUUCUUCUACCUGAUGAACGAGCUGCCCCAGGAGCGUCUGGUGAUCGCGGGCAUGGCUUUAGCCAGUGCAGAGUUCAUGUUUGAGGAGACCAGGAGCUACGUGAUGCAGAGGAAAGCUUUUGGCAAAACUAUCUCCCAUCUACAGACUGUGCAGCACAAACUGGCCGAGUUGAAGACAGACAUCUGUGUGGGCAGAGCUUUCGUAGACAGUUGUCUGCAGCUGCACGCAGAGGGACGCCUGGACGCUCCCAUGGCCUCUAUGGCCAAGUACUGGGCGUCUGACCUCCAGAACAAAGUGGCUACCCAGUGUUUACAACUCCACGGAGGCUGGGGUUACAUGUGGGAAUACCCUAUUGCCAAAACUUUUGUGGACUCCAGAGUACAGCCCAUCUACGGAGGCACCAACGAGAUCAUGAAAGAGCUCAUAGCUCGCAGUAUUGUCAAUCCUAAAUAAGUACUUUUGAAUGUACGUGCACUUUUGUGUUCGACUGAAAAUACUGUGCCUCGUUUGUACAUUUUAUUGCUUUUGCACAGAGUAUAAAUUUGAUGUGAAUUUUGAUAACUUAUACUAUAUUGCCAUGGUUGUAUCAUAAUCUACUAAAUCGC